UCGUGCCGGACGAUGCGGGUUUGCAAAACCCGGAUGCAGAAGAGUUGUUGAUGGAUGCAACUGACCGCGCUGCUGAUGCGGAAGUUGGUGAUUAUAUUGAAGAACAGGUAGAGUCUGUGCCUAUAGGGCGCAUAGGGGCAAUGGCUGCUAAGCAAGUUAUUUUGCAAAAAAUACGCGAAGCCGAGCGCGAGAUGAUACUGGCAGACUUUAUGGCGCGCGGUGAAAAAAUCUUCAUGGGCACCGUGAAGCGUUUGGACAAGGGCGAUGUCAUUGUAGAAAAUGGCAAAAUAGAAGGACGCUUGCGCCGUUCAGACAUGAUACCCAAGGAAAACCUGCGCUCAGGUGACCGUGUACGUGCUGUGAUUAUGCAGGUAGAUGCUACGCUGCGUGGCGCGCCGAUCUUGCUUUCACGUACGGCACCUGAAUUUAUGAUAGAGCUGUUCCGCAACGAAGUACCUGAGAUAGAGCAGGGUUUGUUGGAAAUUAAAUCGUGCGCUCGUGACCCAGGCUCUCGUGCAAAAAUAGCGGUUUAUGCUCAUGAUAGCCGUGUAGAUCCGAUUGGAACUUGUGUGGGUGUGCGUGGUACACGCGUCACCGCAGUGACCAACGAGUUGGCGGGUGAGCGCGUAGAUAUCGUGCUCUACAGCGACGACCCUGCACAGUUUGUGAUCGGCGCGCUGGCACCUGCCAAUGUUUCAUCUAUCGUGGUAGAUGAGGAAAAACACGCAAUGGAUGUGGUGGUAGAUGAAGAAAAUCUGGCAAUAGCCAUAGGGCGUGGUGGGCAAAAUGUGCGUUUGGCCUCUGAUUUGACAGGCUGGAAAAUCAAUAUUAUGGAUGCUACAGAGUCUGCUGAAAAGCAAGCACAAGAGACUCAGGGCAUACGCGAUUUGUUUGUUGAUAAACUGGAUGUAGAUCAGGAGCUGGCAGAUAUCUUGAUAGAGGAAGGCUUUACCAGUCUGGAAGAGGUGGCUUACGUACCGUUGCAAGAAAUGCUGGAGAUAGAGGCGUUUGAUGAGGAG